GGGAGAAUGAGAAGUCACCGUCCAAAAAUCAAAGCCCAAGACUGAAAUUGCGCGAAUGACGAGGCAGUGAACUCAUACUUCCAACAAAUUCAUGUUCACUUUUGCCCCGCACACUACUUCCGUGUGACGUUCACAUUUUCAUUUUCCCCAAUUUCUUUUCUCUUUCUCACUGUUUAAUUAACCUAAUUUACUUACUUGUAAUGGCGGAUUGGGGACCGGUGUUGAUAGCGGUGGUGCUGUUCGUACUGUUAUCGCCGGGGCUGUUGUUCCAGUUACCUAGCCGUGGAAAAGUGGUGGAGUUCGGCGGGAUGCAAACGAGCGGCGCUGCUAUUUUGGUACAUGCCGUCAUUUACUUUGGUCUCAUCACUAUCUUACUUAUUGCCGUCGGCGUUCAUGUUUAUGCCGGUUAAUCAAACUCCGAUCUGUAUUUUCUGUUUGUUGCUCUUUUAAUUAUCUUGUACUUUUUGUUUGUUUACGAAUCGUUAAUUACAGGGACGGAUUGUUGCUUUUUCA